AUGUCUCUCCUCGCUUAUGCUUGCAGCGUUCUCAUUCUAUGUGUCCUCUUUUGGCUGGAGGCUGCAACGGCUGUGAGAGCUGCGUCAUUCGCAACAAUGCUCUCAUCCACAGCAAACAGUACCGUGAUUGACACAACAGUUGUCAUGAAUGACGAACAAAGAGUUGAUUUUUUAAAGAAUUGUGUGGAAUCUAGACAGCGUUUUUAUCCUUUUAGGACAUCGGUAGCUUCAUCGAACGAUGAAUGUUGUUUGAGAUUAGCAAGAAAUCAUCUCUACAAGGAAGUGAUUGAAGAAUUUGAAAGUAUUUCAAUCGCCAACCACACCAAGUUUUACUAUCCUUCCGUUCCUGCGCAGAUUAUUUCCACAUUGAGAGUUUGUCAAGGGAUUGUUGAUAUCGAUGAUCCUAAACAAAAAUACUCGCUUCAAAGAAACUUCUCUCAAUUAUUCCUCUCGAAACAAGCUUCUUGGCAUCUCUCUUCGAUUGACACGCUCAAGGAUCAAAAAGGAAUGGGAACGUUUCCAACCCAAAUCCAUGACGUCUGUGAAGGAAAUUUCACAUGUGUGUCGAUCAUGAUGAAGUUAUGUGCCAGUCAUAUCAUUUUCACACACAAUCUCAAAACUCAACCCAAUGAUUACCACAAUGGUGAACAAGUCAUCAACACGUAUUACCACCAAGUCAUCAAUUCAAGGUUCUCAGGAAUGGAUCAAACUCUCGUUUCAAUGCUCUGGUCUUCCUGUGAGGAAAAAGUACAUCACAAUACGAGUAACAACAAAUUCACCCCAAACCUUGAAGCAAACCAAAUCCCAAUGAUGAGCCAACAACAUGCCUCAAUCAUGAUCAUCACAAUUUGUCUUGUUGGAAUUGUGUGCUUUUCAAUAAGAACCUAUCUUCCCUUUUCCAAGACAAUGGAGAAGUCAGUACAAGCGAACGAUGGAAUUGAAGAAAAAGAAGUCCAAAGUUCUCAACUUGUGAUUGAAACAAGUAGCGAGGACGCUCAUUCCAAAGACGACGGACAACAAAUCAAACCUCCUGAAAAUACAGCAGCCAGCAUACCCUCUGUGUCAACAGUCCCACCUUUUGAACCACACUCUCAUCACAUUACUCCUGAACGAGUCGCAAAAGAGUGUGCAAAACAACUUCAAUUAUCACCCGAAGAAAAACAUGCUUUAGAGAAGCUCGAUGAUAAAAUUGUAAAGCAAUGGCUCUUGAUUUAUGAGGCGAAUUCCCAGGCUGACGAUACCACCUCAUCUACACCACUCGAAUGUGAAGAGUUCCAAAAGUUUUCAGACCUAUUUGGACGAACAAUUUAUUUUGCAUUACAAUUUUGUGAGGCCGAACAAAAGCUUAAGGAUUCCAAAUCCAUUACAGAAAAAGAGAUGGAGGAGUUGAGAAAUCAGUGUGUCUGUUGGCAGAACAAAUUUGAACAACAAGCAUCACUGUUGAACAUUACGAUCAAGGAGCGAGACCAUUUGAAAGAAAAAGUUGCACAAACUCUUGAGAUGUUGAGAGAGACUCAUGAACGUUUCAUGAAAGAAAGUGAGAAUGUUCAACAGAUUAAAACAGAGAAUGAAAAUCUUGCUUUCAAAAACAAGGAAGCAGAGGAGAAGUAUGACACACUCACAAAACAGAUGGAGAACUUCCAUAGUGAGAUGGUUCAACUAAAAGCGAGAAAGUUAGAGUUUGAAAUGGAGUUAGAAAAAACAAAAAAAGAAAUAGAACAGAAUAUCAUUCUUCAGCAACAGAUUGAGAGUGAAUGUCACGAGAAGGGACAACAAAUUGAAGUAAAAGAUCGACAAAUUGAGGAACUCACCAAAAGAGUGAACGAUACUUCCUUGGAGUUGGAGUCUGUAAAGCAGCGUUGUGAAAAGUUAAAGAUUAAUCUUGAUGAACUGGAAAAUGAAAAAACGAAGAACAUUGACGAGUUACAACAACAAAUGCAAACACUUAAAGACUGUCACCAAACAAAAGAAGAAACCUUUUACCAUGAAAAAAUACAGCUCAACGAACAUAUCAAGCAAUUGGAAAACAAGUUAGAAAAGGCCAAACAGGAAUUCAUUUCGAGAUCAGAAUCACUGGAAAAGACGAUUGAAGAGCUCCAAGAUGAAAAGCAAGCAAUUCUCACACAUAUGCAAAAACAAAAGGAGGAUCUCGAAAAACAAUUAGAGAAGCUACAGGAGGAUUUAAAGGACCUCAAGAACAAAUAUCAAACCCUAAAGAAUUAUUCGAUUUCAAAGGACUCCCAUUGUUCGACUGCUGUCAAUUCCCCUUCGAAAGCCAAUGCUACUGGUUCCUCAAGAAAGGUAAAAAGGCAAAGCUCCACAUUGGAUCCACAAGCCUUUCGAGAUUGUUGUAUCAUGUGCUUUGAUCGAGAGAUGAUCAAGAUUGCUGUGGAUGACGAAACUCUUCAGAAAGUUCUACCCUCAUUGACCUUGUUGUAUCAAAACAUAUCAACAGGAGACAAUAUUAAGAAGCAAUGA